AUGAGCUACGUCGCCAAAGGAGAAAAAGAAUACGACGCUACAGGUGCCCCAGUCCCUGGAGCCAAAAUUCACAAAAUCCGUAUCACCCUCACGAGCAGCAACGUAAAGAACCUUGAGAAGUUCUCUACUGACCUCAUUAACCGUGCUAAGGACAAGCAGCUUCGCGUCAAGGGUCCCGUCCGUCUCCCCACCAAGGUCCUCAAGAUCACAACCCGCAAAACCCCUUGCGGUGAGGGCUCCAAGACCUGGGAUCGUUAUGAAUUGAAGAUCCACAAGCGCCUCAUCGACUUGCACUCCUCCAGCGAGAUCGUCAAGCAGAUUACCAGCAUCAGCUUGGAGCCCGGUGUCGAGGUCGAGGUCACCAUCUCUGCCUAA